AUGCAUUUGCUGAGGUCCAACCUCAGCAGCGAUCUGCGGGUGGUGCUGGUGGGUCAGGAGAGAGUCGGCAAGAGUUCAACCGGAAACACCAUCCUGGGCAGGAAAGUGUUUGAGAACCGCUUCACCACCAGACCUCUGACGAUCCACAGUGAGAAGAGCGAGGCCAAUAUCAUGGGUCGCCGAGUGACGGUGGUGGACACCCCAGGUCUCUUUAGCUCUCAGCUGUCUAAACACGACUUGAAGACGGAGCUGAAGCAAGCGCUGAUGCUCAGUAGCCCUGGUCCUCACGCCUUCCUCCUCACCAUCCAGCUGGGGAGGUUCACUGAGCAGGAGCAGCAGGGGCUGCAGAGGCUGCAGAAGAUAUUGGGUCCUGGUGUCUCCAAACACAUCGUGCUGCUGUUCACCUACGGGGACCGGCUGGAAGACAUGGACAUCUCGGAGUUUGUAAGAGAGGACCAGAACCUGUGUAAGCUGCUCGACAAGUGCAGUGGCCAGUACCAAGUGUUCAACAACAGGGAGGUGGACAACAGGGAUCAGGUCACAGAGCUGCUGAAGAAAGUAGCGGAGGUCUCCCAGAGGGGGUUCUGUUUUUACCAGAAGACGUCUCAUUUUGAUUUGAUUAACAAAUGUGUUGCCUGUUGUGGCUAUUGUGCCUGUUGUGGCUGUUGAAGACCCAUUGCCAGACCUCAGUCUUAAGGGGGGCAUAUGAAAUGCAUGGGGGGCACACAUAUUAGCCUACAGUAAGUAUUUUAACAAAUCCUAUACUCAUGCAUGUAAUCAUCACGUUAAACAUAACCAACAGCAAUAUGACCAGGUAUAGCCUACAACCAAUGCUUAAUUUGUAAAUCAUAAGGUGCCGGAACGCAAACUAUAGACGAGCACAGGUCCUGGAACGCAUACAGAAAAUGCUGAACAACAACAUGUAAAUGCCCACUUACAAUGCUGUGGGACUUACAAGCCUCAAUUUAAAAUAAUAUACAUGGUAUAAAUGUUAUGACAAUAAUUUACAAUUAUUAAAUGCCCACAUCACCACAGGAUGUACCAUAGGCGUCAGAUACGUUGGGGACACUGGGGACAUGUCCCCAGCACUAUUUAUGAUCAACAAUUUUGUUCCAACCACUACAUUACAUGUUACAUUACAUUACAUGUCAUUUAGCAGACACUUUUAUCCAAAGCGACUUACAAUGGAAUUAAGUACAAUCAGCCAGGGCUAAAAUGUUUAUCAAUUUAUCAUUAACACUCAAACUACUGGAGAUUAUAUACCUACUAGAAAUACCACAGUUAAUAAUUAAUUAAUAAUAAUACCAUAAUUAAUUUGCAAAUAAUUUCAAUAAUCAAAGUGCAAAGUGAAAAUAAUUAGAUGUGUAAUGUAAAUACAGGUGAUAGUAAAUAUGAGGAAGCAUUCAAAAUGGAUUCAAAAUUUCAAGUUCUACUGGACUUUUACUGUUUCUACUGGACUUGAACUGCCUAUGUUGCUUGGAAUGGUCCAGAUACAUAAAGUCAAACUUCCUAAUGAACAACUGAUUACCUGAGGAUCAAUAAAGUCCAUCUUUGUCUUCA